UAACAGUUAUUUACUCCGCGGCCUUUGCUCAGGCGAAUCCACUGUACGAAAAAAAACACAGCUAAAAUAAUAACAUCAUACAACAUGAUUUUGAGGGCGUCUUUUGGUUUUCUGUGUUUUGUGCUCGUUUCUUGCAAUUUCGUGUAUGGAAAGUUGGCACCCGACUACAUCCACCCGUGUAAUGCAACAACUAGCGCAUGUCUUAUAAAAGCAACGCAAGACGCUAUCCCGGAGUUUGUGAAAGGUAUUCCGAACCUCGGCGUACCUUCCCUAGAUCCUUUUGUGAUCGAAAAGCUGGCGAUACCGCUCAACGGGCUCAAAGUAACGUUUUACAAGGGAAAAGUAUCAGGCUUCAGGAAAUGCAUAGUGGAUAAUGUUAUAUCAGAAUUGGAAAAACGUCACUUCGUAUUGGAAUUUCACUGCAAUCUUACCAUCAAGGGUCAAUACGAUGCAGUUGGCAGAAUUCUACUGUUCCCUAUCAACGGAGAAGGAGACGCGAAAGUUAAACUAACAAAUCUUCGAAUGAAACUGGACAUCAACACGAAAUACGUCAAAGACAAACAAGGUAUAGACUACUUCUCCAUCAAGAACUACAAAUACUCCUUCGAUUACGGUGACCACGUGUAUUUUGACCUACAGAAUCUCUUCAAAGAAAGCAAACAGCUAAGUGAAACAGUAUUAAACUUCCUUAAUGAUAAUUGGAAGACCGUCGCCGAAGAAUUCGGGAAACCUAUCGUAGAUUAUGCAGUAGAUUUAGCAAUAAGGACAGUAGAGAAGUUCUUUGAUAAGGUUCCCUACGACGAAUUAAUAUACGUUCCUUUGCCGGUGUAAACAUUAAUAAAAACCAGCUGUAACAUGGACGUAUAAAUUAUAAAACGCUACAUAACAUGGAUUUAUUUUUAAUUUUACAAUCUAAGCAUUUUAUAAAACGAACAAAGUUGAUUUUGAUGUGAAAUGUGUGAUUGAUGAAUAGAUAUCCGAGUUUUUAAGGUAGAUUAUGUACCGUUUUAUAAUCUAUAUCUAUAUGUAGUUUUAAAGUUUUUUAUCUUAUCUCAUAACAAUAAAAAAAAUCAGUAAAUGAAAACAAUUAAAAUGUGUGCAUAUAUUUUGAGUGUAAUACAAGUUACGGCAAUCUUUUAAAUUCUUAUUUUUAAAUAUGCAUACGUUAGUAAGCGUAACGAAUACUGUUCUUCAUAUUAUGUGUAGGAACGUAAACAAAAGAAAAUAAAGUGAAAAUUUUCAAUUUAAUGGAAUAAAAAAAAGUUCUUGUGAGGAAGGUUUUAUUAUAAUGUAAUUUUAAUACAAUAUGCACAUGAAUCAUCUAUUAAUGUAAUGUUUUCAACUUCAUGUUUAAAUAUUUAUGAUAUGAGUGUAGAUAAAAAUGUUUGUCAGACAUUUAAUAAUAAAAAGUUAAUAAAAUUAUGUCCAAGAUAGCCGACAUUCGGACCUUGGAACUGAAAUCGCGGCCAGGGUAUUCUGCCAAUUGAGCAAUAUAUAAUCCGACUCCCAAGGCGUCGAGAUUCGUGAUAUAAAUUAGUAUAAACUAAAUUAAUGUAAUGUACAAUUAGUUAUAAUUAAAUGUAGCAUUUAAUGUUCCUAA